AACCCUAUGCUCAUGAAAACCAAAAGAACCCCAGCUCCACUCCCCCGUCUCUCACGGUUUGAGUUGAAAUUCCAAAAUUCUCAAAGAAUUGGUGGCAAUAUUUGAUCAAUCUAUUAGGGCUUCGAUUCAAAAUAUACAGAUGCAGGUCCCUGCAGAUGUUUCAAGUUCGCGUCACUACGUUUUUGUUGAAGUAAUUGGUUUUUAUUGAAAUGUCGAUCCAGAUCUGAAAUGUAUAAUGGAAUGUGAAAUUUGGGGGUUUUCACUUUUUCAUACUUGGAUUGAGACAUUGAUUAGUUGUUAAUGGAAAAUAUAAUAGGAAGCUCUCAUGGUGCGGAAAUUCCUAAGAAAUCAAGAUCAUUGGAUCUUAAGAGCCUGUACAAAUCUAAGGACACAAAGGAUGCUGAGAACAAGAGUGCCAAACGAAAGGGCAUUGUACAUCAUGGCAGUGAUGGCGGGAAGAGCAACAAGAGGAAGAAGAGUAAUGGCAGCAAGAGUUUGGAUGAAGUGUACAAUGGUAGUGUGAGUUUGGGGCAACGCGAGUCCAAGAACCCGAACUUGGGGUCAACUAAGAAACUAAAAAAUGGUAGUGAUAUUAGCAGGAUCCCAUUUAGUUUGGAUGAUACGAUUGCUAGAAUCCCAAAGCGUAAACGCGACUUUGUGGGGCGAAGCAAAUUUGAGAGCAGUGGUCAACCAUUGAAACUAUUUGGGCAGUCCAGUAAUAAAUUGGACCUUGUUGGUCAUACAGAGAAGGUUAGUGAGGAUGAUUUCUCCAGUCAUGCAGAAAAGAUUAAUGGUGAUGAUUUAGGCUAUGCUGUUGAAUCCUCAAAGGUUAAUAAGAUUGAGGAUUUUGAUGAUUUUAAGGAAGAUAGAAAUAGUGAAUCAAGUUCAGCUCAGCAUUUGAAGAAGGAACAUGGACGGCUGGAUCAUUCAUUAAUAAACAAUGGUGAUUUAUCAUUGAAGAAAUCAAGGAAGAGCCGUAGGAAAAGGGAGGUUCUGGACCUGCAUACUAAAAGUGCCACAAAGGAGGCUGAGCCUAUUGUUGGGACUUGUACUAAUGAGUUGCAAGAUGAUGAUGAGGAGAACCUUGAAGAGAAUGCAGCAAGGAUGCUUUCGUCGCGGUUCGAUCCAAGUUGUACUGGGUUUUCUUCUAACAGCAGAGUGUCUGUUUCUCCACCAGCUAAUGGAUUAUCAUUUUUGUUAUCUUCUCGUCAGGAUUUUGUUACGCGUGGAGCCAAGUAUUUUUCUGGUUCUGAGUCUGCAUCUAUUGAUACUACUGGCAGGAUGUUGAGACCGAGGAAGCAGGAAAAAGAGAAUGGUCACUCAAGGAAGAGGCGCCAUUAUUAUGAAAUUUUCUCUCGGGAAAUGGAUGCACAUUGGGUAUUGAAACGGAAAAUCAAGGUAUUUUGGCCCCUGGACCAGAGUUGGUAUUAUGGUCUUGUGAAUGAUUAUGAUGAAGAAAGAAAGCUUCAUCAUGUUAAAUACGAUGAUCGUGACGAGGAGUGGAUUAGCCUUCAAAAUGAGAGAUUUAAACUUUUGUUGCUUCCCGGUGAAGUUCCUUCCAUGGAGGAGUGGAAAAGAUCUGCUUUAGAAGGUGAGCAUCCUGAUGAUGGGAAGUUACGGUUGAAGCCCAGCAAAGAUAAAGAAAAGAAAGAUUUGGCUGCUGAAGAUGAUGAUUAUAUUGGUGGCUGUAUGGAUACGGAGCCCAUAAUCUCCUGGUUGGCUCGAUCUUCUCGUCGGGUCAAAUCUUCACCUUUUUAUGCCUUGAAGAAACAGAAGACAACUGGUGAUCUAUCUUCAACAUCUGUGGCUGAUGAAGCUGUGGGUACAUGUGAUGAUGGAGGCACCUUGAAUGGGCACAAAAUUGGUUUAUCUAAUGGAUCUUCAUUGCUAGACAGGUUAGGGAAUACCUCAGAUACCUCAUGUUUCUCCAGAGACAACAAAUUUACCAUUGUUUACUUUAGAAGGCGGUUUCGCAAAACGAACAAUGUGCCGUGCCAUGCUUCUUCAGCAAAUAGUGUUUCUGGAGCAUUUGAAUCUGUUUCUGCUCUUGCCACUGUUGAUGAGUUCAAGGCUUUUGAAAAUGAUAUAUCUAUCCAAAGGUUGGAUCCUGAUGAUGCUUUGUCACCCAUCGAGAAUGUAUUAUCUUUUAAGUUAACCAUUCCAUCGAUAGAAUCCGCACAGUUGAGGUUUGAGUUUGAUUUCCCUGUGCUUUCAGUCCUGAACCACUCAUUUGGGGCAGAGAAUGCUUGGUUGUUUCGUGCUAUGUUACUGCUACAGUAUGGUACAGUAAUGGCUACAUGGCCAAGGGUUCACUUGGAGAUUGUUGUUGUUGAUAAUGUGGUCGGGUUGAGGUUUCUCUUGUUUGAAGGUUGUUUGGGGCAGGCUGUUGCAUUUGUUUUCCAGCUCUUAACUAUGUUUCAUCAACCUGAUGAGUCGGGAAAGUAUGCUUAUCUGCAGUUACCUGUAACUUCUGUCAGGUUCAAAUUUUCUUGCAUUCAGCGCCUUAGAAAGCAUCUUGUAUUUGCAUUUUACAAAUUCUCUGAAGUGAAGAAAUCAAAGUGGGCGUUUCUUGACCGUGAGCUUAAAAGGCAUUGCUUGCUCACUAGGCAGCUUCCUUUGUCAGAGUGCACUUAUGAUAACAUUAAGGCACUACAAGAUGGAAAUCAAUUACUCAGUUGUUCUACUUGCAAGAAUUCUGCAUUAUUUGAGGGAUUGAGGAGGAGGUCAAGGAUUGCUAUGAAACUAAUUGGUAUCUCUCGAGAAUCCGCCUCUGGGGAUGCCAGCCACUUUUCUGAUUUGGACAAGAAGAAUAGUUUCUUUCCUGCAUUUGCACUUUGUUUCACUGCUGCACCGACUUUCUUUCUUAGUUUGCAUUUAAAGCUGAUUAUGGAACAAAGCAUGACUCAUAUCAGCUUUCGGGACCAUGAUUCAGAUGAUGGCUCUACUUUGGAGGACUGCUUCAACAAAUGUUUAGAGAGUCCUCUUGAAUAUAUGUUGAGGGCUCCAUUAAUUGAGCAUGUUUGUAGUGGAUGCUUGUCUGGUACAAAUUCAGUUUUGAAUGUUGCUGAUCUCUCUGCUUCCAGUCAAAUAAAGUUGUCUUCAGAGUACAAUCAGAAUGAUGGUCCAAAUUUUGCUGGUUCUGUGAGCUCCGACAAUCCUGAGAAAGUUGGCUAUGAUUCUAUCCAUUUAGAGAAGUAUCAAAGCAACAGCUCAGUGAAGGAACAUUAUGAUUUGUCAUCAAGUCCAUUAGUUGAUAGAAAUAAGUUGGAUAAUGGAUCUCAUUCCCUUCUGAAGGAUAUCACGGUUGAAAUUCCCUCACGUACUCAGUUUGAAAAGCAUGUUGAGCAGGAAACCGGUUGUGCUCAACAGUCCAGUGAUUUACCGUGGCAUAUGAAUGGUAGUGUUAUCUCCAGCCCAAACCCGACUGCUCCCAGAAGUAACUGGCAUCGGCACCAAAGUAGUUCUUCAUUUGGGUACCUUGCACACGGACAGUCAGAUGGAAAGGCUGAUCUUUUCCAUGGUAAUUUUGGGAAUGGACCGAAGAAGCCACGAACUCGGGUUUCGUACACACUGCCUUUUGGAAGUUUUGAAUAUGGAUCAAAGGAUAAAAGCCUUUCCCAGAAAGGUCUUCCUCACAAACGAAUUAGAAAGGCUAGUGAAAAGAGGUCAUCAGAUGGUGUUAGAGUAUUGCAAAGGAAUUUGGAGUUAUCUUGUGAAGCAAAUGUGUUAAUCACCCUUGGAGAUCGAGGGUGCAGAGAAUGUGGGGCACAGGUGGUACUGGAGCUUUUCGAUCGUAGUGAAUGGAAGCUUGCAAUAAAAGUUUCAGGGGCUACAAAGUAUUCAUACAAGGCACAUCAAUUUCUGCAGCCUGGUUCCACAAACCGAUUCACACAUGCUAUGAUGUGGAAAGGUGGAAAGGAUUGGAUUCUGGAGUUCCCUGAUAGGAGCCAAUGGAGUCGUUUCAAAGAGAUGCAUGAAGAAUGCUAUAAUAGGAACAUUCGUGCUGCUUCAGUAAAAAAUAUUCCUAUACCUGGUGUUCGCUUGAUAGAAGAACAUGACGAAAAUGGAACAGAAGUCACCUUUUUUCGAAGUUCUAAGUAUUAUCGGCAGGUUGAAACAGAUAUUGAGAUGGCUUUGAAUCGGUCACGUGUCUUAUAUGACAUGGAUAGUGAUGAUGAGCAGUGGAUAUUUAAAUAUCGAAGUUCUUCAGUAACUGAAAGCAGUGGCUUGUGGAAGAUUUCUGAGGAAAUGUUUGAGAAGAUAAUGGACAUGUUUGAGAAGGCUGCGUAUGUGGAGCAGUGUGAUCACUUCUCAUCCGAUGAAGUAGAAGGUCUUAUGGCUGGAGUUGGGCCCAUGGGAGCAAUCAAAAGCAUUCAUGAGCAUUGGCGGCAGAAGAGGCAGAGGAAAGGAAUGCCUUUAAUCCGCCAUCUUCAGUCGCCACUAUGGGAAAGAUAUCAAGACCAAGUGAGAGAGUGGGAGCUAGCAACAUCCAAAGGCAAUACAACACUCGCAAAUGGGUGCAUGGACAAAGUUAUUGCUGUUGAGAAGCCGUCUAUGUUUGCUUUCUGCUUGAAACCACGGGGCUUGGAAGUCCCAAAUAAGGGUUCAAAACAAAGGACACAGAGGAAAAUUUCUCUUGCUGCGCAAAGUAAUACCAUCGUAGAUCAUGAUGGUUUGCAUUCUUAUGGACGAAGAUUAAAUGGUUUUUAUCUUGGGGACAACAAAUUUCUGUACGCCGGCCUCAACUAUGAAUCUUUGGAUGAUUCUCCCUUGCCUCAGACGUCCCCAAGGGUAUUCUCACCAGGGGAUCCAAAUAGUAUGGGAUACUUUUCAAUGGGAAGUGAUGGGAUUGAUAAGUUUCACUACCCAAAACUUAAAAAGAGUAAGUCAAGGAAAUUCAGAAUGUAUGAGUCUCCUAAGGACUCGCAGAUCGAGGCUUCAUAUAGUCCGAGAGUUACGGGCAAGAGAAAUGGAGUUCGUCCUUUGAAUUUGGGGUUCUCUCAUUGGCCAACACAACGACAUUACCACCCUGACUUUCCUCUGAGGCAGGGACUUGAACAGUUGGAUGGUUCUGAGCUUGAUGAAUUCAGGCUGCGUGAUGCAUCUGGUGCAGCGCAGCAUGCGCGUAAUAUGGCUAAACUCAAGAGAGAAAAGGCUCAGAGAUUGCAUUACGGAGCAGAUAUGGCAAUUCAGAAGGCUGUUGUUGCUCUUAUGACCGCUGAUGCAAUCAAAGCUUCUUUUGAAAACUUAAAUGGCGAUGGAUGGAGUGACUAAGUGAAAAGGGAGACGAAAAUAAAACUAAUGUUGUCAACACCUUCAGCUUGCCAUUCUCUAUAGUCCAGGGAUUUGCUGGCGGAAUUGGCAUGUGUUUGGCUGGAAUGAGCAAGUUGUUUCUUGUCGUUAUUGGUCACCUUUUGUUCCAAUCCAUGUUGUUCCAGAUGGUUUUUAACAGAAUGGUGUCACAUCAGAAAAAGAGAAGAAUCUUUUUGCCCCUGCCACUCGAUUUAUCAUUGUCAUGUGGCUCCAUGGGUUCUCUCUACUUACUGGUUAUUUUGGUCCUCGUAGUAGAUUUACUCGGUGUACUGAUCUUGCAGGUCAGGAAUGCAUAGGAAUUUAGGCUGCCAAUCCUUGUACAGAUUUUUUUUCCCCUCUUCAAUUUCCCUUAAAAUAAUACAACACGGGUUAGUAUUGAUAUUUCAAUAUAUGUGGACAUUGUUGAGACCACCUCUAGAAAUGUAGUUAUGUACCAGCCGGAGUGCUUUAUUUCUAGAAAGGAAACAUUCUGUAUGUGAUCAUCUUAUAUUCAUGGAGAUCCCGCAUAGGCUUAGAUUUCCUUCUCAAA